AUGAAUGUUGCAAUUGCUUUGACUGCUAUAUGUCAUGGUGCGGUUAUUGCAAACCAUGUAGAAGUCUUAAAUUUACUAAAAGAUGAAUUUAAUGUAAUUAAUGGAGCAAGAGUUAGAGAUAAUUUGACAGGUGAAGAAUGGGAUGUUAAGGCCAAGGGUGUUAUAAAUGCUACAGGUGCAUUCACAGAUAGCAUACGAUCAAUGGAUGAUCCAAGUAAUAACAAUAUUGUUGCACCAUCAUCUGGUACUCAUGUGAUAUUACCAAAUUAUUAUAGUCCUAGAAAAAUGGGUUUACUUGAUCCUGAAACAUCAGAUGGUAGGGUUAUUUUCUUCUUGCCAUGGGAAGGAAACACCAUUGCUGGUACAACUGAUUCAUCUACAGAAGUAACUUUUGAUCCUAAACCUAAAGAGGAAGAGAUUCAAUGGAUUCUACACGAAGUUGGAAGAUAUUUAAACCCUGAUAUCAAAGUACGAAGAGAUGAUGUUCUUGCUGCUUGGUCAGGUAUUAGACCAUUGGUUCGAGACCCUUCAGCAAAAAACACAGCAGAGUUGGUGAGAAAUCAUAUGAUUAAUGUUAGUAGUUCAAAACUGAUUACUAUUUCUGGUGGUAAAUGGACUACUUACCGUGCAAUGGCACAAGAUACUGUUGAAAAAGCAAUUGAAGUUUUUGAUUUAAAGCCAACCAAUGAAUGCAUUACAGAAAAAGCAAAACUUAUCGGAUCUCAUGGUUAUUCUAGAACAAUGUUUAUUAAACUUAUACAACAUUUUGAUGUUAAAAUAGUAUGUGAAGGUGAUGAAGGAAUAGAAGAAAUUAUUGAAAAUAAAAAUUUGGAAGAUCAAAAUCUCUUAAGUAUAAAUUCAAUCAAGAAAUCUUCAUAUUAUUCCAAUUCAAAUUCAUCAAAAAAUUCAGUCAACUCAAUCAACAACAACACCAAUGUCAAUAGUCUUAAAGCAGCAGCUACUUCACCAAAUAAUACCUUUAAUAAUAGUUCAAUACAUUUGAUUUCUCAUAUUGAUAAAUUAUUUAGUGAUAGGAUAGAAAUAUUUGGUAUUGUGGAAAUGAAUAGGAAUGGCGUUAUGAUGGGAUUAAUUAAAAUUUUAUUAAAGGAAUGGGUGGAAAUGAUUAGACUACAAUUAUUGACAAAUCGAUCAUUUCAACAAAUUCAACUUGAUUCUGAAUUUGUUAGAAUAAAAUUUUGGAAAUUUAUUGAUGAUGAAAGAUUAAUAAAUACAAUGUUACAAGAAUUAACUUCAAAUGCUUUCAGAAGAUGUGUUGAAGAUCCUUUGCCAUUAGAGAAUUCGGUAAGAUAA